AUGGGCUACGCUAAGCGUGCCCACCUCAUGAACGCGAUGGUUCCUGGUCUCUCUGGAGGCAAGAUGUCGUCAUCGGACGCCAAGUCGAAGAUUGACUUCCUCGACACGCCGGCUGAGAUCAAGUCGAAGCUCAAGGCCGCUCUGUGUACUCCGGGAGAGGUUGAGGGCAACGGUGUCCUCGCUUUCCUCAAGACUGUCCUGAUCCCUGUUCAGGAGCUGCGCGAGGAACAGGCUCGUGCCCGUGGAGAGGAGCGCUACAAGGGCGAGGGCAGCUUCGCCAAGGCUGACUCGCCUGUCGGAACUCUCUUCUCGAUUCCCCGUCCGGAGAAGUACGGCGGCGACAUGCACUUCUCCUCGUACCAGGCUCUCGAGGACGCCUACGCCAAGGAGGAGCUCCACCCCGGAGACCUCAAGGCCGGUGUCACCGAGGCUCUCACCAGCCUCCUUGGCCCCAUCCGCAAGGUCUUCGACGCUUCUCCCGAGUGGCAGGAGGCCGAGAAGCUCGGCUACCCCAACGCCUCUGUCGCUGCCGGUGCCGCCCCCGCGAAGAAGGAGCCUAAGGCUAAGAAGCCCCAGAAGAGCAACAAGCCCCCCACCGAGGAGGAGCUCAUCAAGCUUCGCGCCGAGAAGGAGAAGCAGAAGGCUGCUAAGGCUGCUGCCAAGGCUGCCGCUGCUGGAGGUGCCGCUGGUGCUGCUGCCGGUGCCGCUGCUGGUGCCGCCGCUGGCCCCAGCCGUACCAUCCUCAACACCGAGAUGCCCAAGCUCAAGCUCCUUUCGAAGGGCAAGGUUCGUGACAUCUACGCCCUCCCCGACGAGAAGGAUGCCGACAAGCUCCUCUUCGUCGCGACUGACCGCAUGAGCGCCUUCGACGUGAUCAUGAACAACGGCAUUCCCCAGAAGGGUGCCACCCUGACUGAGCUGUCCCUCUUCUGGUUCCACAAGCUCCGCAACGUCAUCCCCAACCACGUUCUCACCCCCAGCCUCGAGGGUGCUUCUCCCGCCGCUCUCAACGGUGCCACCGCCUGGGAGGAGUUCCCCCGCUCCCUCGACGAGUACCGUGACCAGCUCGAGGGAAGGAGCAUGAUCGUCAAGAAGUGCGAGGUUGUCAAGAUUGAGGCUAUCGUCCGUGGCUACAUUACUGGCUCCGCCUGGUCCGAGUACAAGAAGAGCCAGACCGUCCACGGCAUCCCCAUGCCCGCCGGUCUCGUCGAGAGCCAAAAGCUCCCCAAGGCCAUCUUCACCCCAUCAACCAAGGCUGACCUCGGCGACCACGACGAGAACAUCCACCCCGACAAGGUCAAGGACAUCUGCGGCCCCGAGCUCGCCGCCGAGAUCGAGCGCGUCGCCCUUGCCCUCUACAACGAGGCUGCCGCCUACGCCCUCGAGCGCGGCCUCAUCCUCGCUGACACCAAGUUCGAGUUUGGUCUCCUCGACACGCCCAACGGCAAGCAGCUCAUCCUCAUCGACGAGGCGCUCACCCCCGACUCGUCGCGCUACUGGGCGGCCGCCGACUACGAGGCCGGCAAGCCCCAGCCCUCCUUCGACAAGCAGUACCUCCGUGACUGGCUCAUCAAGGAGAACCUCAAGGGCAAGGAGGACGUCACCCUCCCCGAGGACGUUGUCGCCGAGACCAAGUCGAAGUACGAGGAGGCGCGGGAUCGCGUCAUGGGCCGCGGCAAGUUCGCUGCCAAGAAGUAA